AUGGCUUACACUGAGAAAGUGUCUCUCAACGGUACCGCGCUCUCUUUUUUACUAUACGAAUGCAUGAAUUCUGUUAAUAGUCAGGAGGGCUUUUUGAUUGGAGACGUAACUUCACAAAUCACCAACCAUAUAUCUGACUCUCAAAAUGACAACGCUAGAUUGGACACUCAAAUUGUGAUUAGGACCGUAUUGCCUCUACCUUCGGUGUCGCUGUUUUAUUUACCUACCGGUUCAAUUAAAGAGGACGUACUAUCAGAUCUAAUAUCGAGUGCCGCCGCUGAAAUUGUUGGUUGGUACAAAUAUAGAAGAAAUAGUAGCAUUAAACCAACGUUCAGAGACAAAUUAAUAUCAAGAGGCUUACAGAAGUAUUUCGAGAAAUAUCACGGCAAGAAGACUUUUGUUUCAUGCAAUCUAUCAAGUAAAUCUUCAUCGGCAUGCUCCACACAUACAGUUAUAUACAGAUUUGGAAAAAUAAAUUGCUUCGAUAUGUAUGAGUAUGUUGAGGAUGUGACCGCAAAUUUGGGUGAAAAGUUAUCUGGUUAUAAAAAAUCAAAAAGAGUUUCACCACAUUGCAUAUUCAACAAAAUUGUUAAAGAGAGUAAUGUAGAUGUUAACAACACAAGGGAAGCUAUAUUGUCAAUUCAGGAAGCCGUCGAUGUAGCAUUGAUUAGAGAGGCCAAGGUAGCAGCUAGGAAUGAAUGCAAAGUUAAAGAACUUGAGGCUGAGAUUAAGCAGAUGAGUGCCAUAUUAGCUGAAAAACACGAGGCAGAUUUGAGUUCAGCCUAUAACAAAGUACUUGAAGAGAAAUAUAUUAAUAGGGAUGUUGAAAUGGCGCAGGCCUGUAUUGACGCGAUUAGAACUCCCGCCAGUGUGGAUAUACUGAGCAUUCCAAAUGUCAUGAUUAUAUCUAACGUGACCGAAUCAGCAGUUGAACCACCAAGUCAGCAUCCCACUGAUAUUAACGGUAGAAGCCAAAGUCCGAAUGUAGAUUGCUCAAAUCUAGUACUACCUUCAACAUCGGGACAAUCACCUUCAUUGAAUUACGCAGCCGCAGUCAAGAAACCUUCAGAUGUACCAUCCUGCAGUAAAACGAAAACCGUCAAUGAAGAUCUAAUCACCUUUGACGUAGAAGACAAGAAUUUGAGAACACAAAAACAAGUUCUCGUUAACGACAACAUAAGUCUAGGAGGAAGCUCGCCAGAGUACUGA